AUGGAAGACUUUUAUGAUGUCAAAGCUUCCAAGAUCGAAGGCCAAACAGUUUGCAUGUUUGGCAUAUUUGAUGGUCAUGGUGGUUCACGUGCUGCUGAGUACCUGAAGAAACACCUCUUUAGCAAUCUUAUGAUGCAUCCACAAUUUUUGACAGACACCAGGCUGGCACUAAGUGAAACGUAUAAACAAACAGAUGAAGCAUUCCUUGAAUCGGAAAAGGAUACUUACAGAGAUGAUGGCUCCACAGCAUCUGCUGCUGUGUUGGUGGGGAACCAUUUGUAUGUUGCAAAUGUUGGAGACUCUAGGACAAUAGUUUCUAAAGCUGGGAAAGCGAUUGCGCUAUCAGAUGACCAUAAGCCUAAUAGAAGCGAUGAAAGAAAGCGAAUUGAAAGCGCUGGUGGUGUUAUCAUGUGGGCAGGAACAUGGAGGGUAGGUGGAGUCUUGGCAAUGUCCCGGGCCUUUGGAAACAGAAUGCUGAAGCAAUUUGUUGUCGCUGAACCCGAGAUACAAGAUCUAGAGAUAGAUAAUGAGGCUGAGUUUCUUGUGCUUGCAAGUGACGGUUUAUGGGAUGUGGUAACAAAUGAGGAUGCAGUAUCCCUUGCUCAGAGCGAAGAGGAGCCUGUGGCAGCUGCCCGCAAGCUAACAGACACAGCCUUCACUCGUGGCAGCGCGGACAACAUCACAUGUAUUGUUGUUAAGUUCCAUCAUGAUAAGACUGAAUCUCCCAAAUCUGAACCAAAAUCUGAGGCUGAACAUGAGGAGCCCAAACCGACCCCCAAAGCUGAACUCGAACCCCAGUCAAACCCAAAUGCUGAACUGGAAACCAAACCAAACCUCAAAUCUGAAAUGAAACCUGAUACUAAACCGGAAACUGAACCAGAGGCGAAGGGUGAAAAGGCUGGUGAGUAA